AUGGCCGGAGUUAGAGACAACAUACAAGUCUGUAUGCACGAUUCUAGCAGCUGCUCAACUGGGGAAAAGCCUCACAGCGUACUGUGCUCAAGUCGCAAGAACACAUGUAUAAUCUCGAGUAGUGUGCCACCAGACUCAACAUCUGUUGGUCAACUAGCCCACUGCCACGGACAAGAGUUGAAUAUCAGACAGCAAUUGUACCAGUACACAAAGUUUUUACAAGUUGCGUCAUUUCUUACUCAUGCUUCUCAACAAUUGGUAUAUCAACGACAAACUCACAACCUUCCUACGUCAAGGCUAGCCAUGUUAGAACGGUCCAUGAAUCUAAUGGUUACUCAGGCACAUGCUUUACCUUGUUCAGUCUAUAGGCCAGAUCAGUGA